UCACAGGGACGCCCUUUUCUUUACAUUCGCUCUCCCUUCUCCCCCCGUCUCCUCUCCCUCUUCCUUAUGAGGGUACGAGAGGAGGAGGAGGAGGAGGAGGAAGCCCGCGAUGCAAGCACGAGUCCCCGAUCCGACCCCGUCUCCAAACCCUGACCCCAACCGCGUUCUCCCUCCCAAUGCGGCCCCCUUAGCAGCAGCGGCCGCCGGAGCUCGGCCCUCCAUGUUGCCCGGCGUCAACCCCGCACCCUGCGCCCUGCCGCGCGGCUCCCACCACCGGCGGGCCAGAUCCGAGCUCGCAUUCCGUGUUCCCGACGACCUCGACGUCCGCGGCGGCGGCGGCGGCGGCGAUCCGAUGGCGGCGGCCGGGAGCGUCGACGAGAUCGGCUCUGAGGAUGAUCUUUUCUGCACGUUCAUGGACAUUGAGAAGAUCGGGUGCAAGUUGGAGGCCAGCGCGUCCGGGUCGGAGGGCGGAGACUGCGCGGAUCCGGCGGCGGAGAGCUCCGGAUGUGGCGAGGAGAGGAAGAUCGGCGAUGCCUCCGGAGCGGCGGCUUCGAAGCCCAAGCAUCGACAUAGCAGUUCAGUGGAUGGAUCUUCAAUGACGUCGUCAGCGACGAUGAAGAGGGAGGGAGUGUUCGGAGAGGUGAUGGAAGCCAAGAAGGCCAUGACGCCUGGGCAGCUUGCGGAGCUGGCCGUCAUUGAUCCUAAGCGAGCUAAAAGAAUUCUAGCUAAUCGACAGUCUGCAGCUCGCUCCAAAGAAAGAAAGGCCCGUUAUAUAUCAGAACUCGAGAGGAAAGUUCAGACCCUCCAAACUGAAGCGACAACUCUCUCUGCGCAGCUCACCCUAUAUCAGAGAGACACAACUGGACUUUCUGCAGAGAAUGCUGAGCUUAAGCUACGGCUGCAAGCUAUGGAACAACAAGCUCAAUUACGUGAUGCACUGAACGAGGCACUAAAGCAGGAAGUCCAAAGACUGAAGCUUGCGACUGGUGAAAUAUCAAAACCUGAUGAAACAUACGACGUCGGUCUGCAAAACAUGCAUUACAGCCCAUCAUUCUUCACACUUCCCCAACAGCCGGCGGUGCACCACCAAGCUAUCCAGCUGCAGCACCAGUUCCAGCAGCCACAAUCUGGCAUCUCGGCUCACCAAAUGCUCAUUCACCCUAAUAACCUUCCCGACGUGUUCCAGCAAGAUCCCCUCGGGAGGCUUCAGGGAUUGGACAUCAACAAAGGUUCUCAUGUUGUGAAGUCAGAGAGUUCCUCGGUAUCCGUCAGUGAAAGCAGCAGCAACUUCUAACAAGGUCAGCCGCCCAACGAGCACCACAUUUAGUACAUCCACUAGCUUGACAUCCUCCUGCUGCAUCCAUGUCAUUCUAUAUAUUUAUUCCAGUCAUUCUACUAAUCUGAACUUGUUCACUAAAGAUCCCAGGAGUGUAAUAUUUUCUCUUCUUUGGUCUGUCUGUCAAGCUUCAAGAUUUGGGUGCAUUAUGUGUUGGAUUUUCACAAUGUGUAAUAUUGAUUUGUUUUCUGUGUUGUAAUGGAAUUGGGAGGGUCUCACACUUAUGGCACAAACAAAUUAUCUAUCUUAGCCUCAUUAUUUAUUGUGUU